CUUCCUUUUCGUCAUGUCAGCUUUGCAUUUUCUUUUAAAGAGAUCAGAUCGGAUUGUUCCAGUCUUGUCAUACCAGACUUUUAGACGCUGUCAAGCCAUAAGUUGGCCAUUCAGCUCCAGUAUAUCAUGUAUAAACAAUAUUAUAUCUACUGGCCAACAAUACUUCUCAACAAGCUCUGCUGUUGUUGUUUACGCAAAGAGAGCACCUCGCCCUAAACAGCGAAUCAUCAAGGAACAGAAAUUGAAAGCCACCCGGUCAUCAAAACAUACGACCAACUAUAAGAGCACGACACUUCCGCAUGAUGCAAAGCCUAAGAGUCAUCAAUGGAAGAAACUAACUUUGGAUACUUCGGAAUCAUCGGGAAUGCAAGCCAAAGUCUCUUCUCCGCGAAAACGUAUCAUCUCAACCUCUGUAUCUGUUACUUCGCUCGAAAGAGGAUCAAGGAACCCACAGCUUGAACAUUCGUUUGCACCAGGAUUCGCGUCAUUCUACAAGUCCAAGGGAUCUCACAAUGACCUGUCCCUCAAAACUGGUAAUGCUGGAAGAGACAAAGCGGCGGCGGCAGAACGGGCGCUGAUUAAGGCUGGUGCCAAGAGAAAAUUAGGACCAAAAGUACGCGGAUUUGUUCCUGUUCGAUUCGCGCUAAAACCCAUUGCCUCGGAUGUGAGUUUGAAUUUGAUCUCGAAUAGAAACAUACCUAUUUCCAAAUACAAAAUGAAUGCUCAGACUGGUCUUGACAAAACGUCAAAUGAAGAAGUCUUUGCGAAGGAAUUGGGCGAUGUGCAGGAGAUGAUGGAUAAAGUUGCCAGUAGCAGAUUUCAGGAUAUGGGGAUACAUCCGGAUGUAGAGAAGGGCGUCAUGGAAUUGCUGUCCAAAUCUGUAAGGGUGUCCAAAUCCUCCGCUAUAGUAUCAAAUGAAUCACUGGAAAGCAUCAGGCCAACAGAGAUUCAGGCCUUAACUAUCCCAGCAGCAAUCGAUCCUAAAAAAAAAUCGCCCUAUACACUUUGUGCUGCAGAAACAGGAUCUGGAAAGACUCUAGCAUACCUGAUUCCUGUACUUCAUCAACUCAAAGUGCAGGAAGAUGAGGCCAUCAGUCGUUAUCAGAGUGAGGGAGGGAUUGACGCUGAAGGGAGUAAGGUCCGUGCAUUAAACACAAUCCGACAUUUCAAUCAGCCCAGAGCUAUUGUGCUGUUACCCUCACGUGAGCUUGUAGCUCAAGUGUCCUCUAUUUUGAAAGAUCUCUCACAUUCGAUCAAAGUCAGAGCCUUAGCAAUAUCGCAUGCGAUGGCACCCAAGAGUAUUAUCCAGCGCCUGGAAUCUGGACCUGUUGAUAUUAUUGUUGCUACACCAUCCAGCUUGCUAGACUAUCUACCAAAAGAGGCGUAUAGAUCUAAUCACAAGGGCGAGAAUGACCGCAAAAUUCGAGGUAGUGCUGGUCUACUUGAAGACAACAAGAUUUGUUUAGACUCAUUGAUACAUCUGGUGAUUGAUGAAGCCGAUUCAAUGUUUGAUCGUGGAUUCGGAGACGAGGUUUCUAUAAUUGUUAAGCAGGCCAGAGUCGCUGCCUCCAAUACUAGGUAUCCGACCAAUAUCACUGUUGUAUCGGCCACGCUGCCCAAGAAGGUAUCAGACACUCUAGACGAAACUUUGCCCGGUAUACUCAAGAUCACGACGCCUUCCUUGCAUAAAUCGCUACCAGGAUUGCAUCAAACAUUCCUAGAUCUAAAACCUUACUUUGGAAAUCGACCUAAAGCCAUCCUGGAUAUUCUAGCAAAACAACAACAGAUUGCAGGAAGUAAACGCAAAGAGAACACACUAAUCUUUUGCAACACCAAGCAUUCUUGUGAGAUCCUGUACGAGCACUUGAAGACAAACAAGGUUCCAGGACUGUUAGGUGUUUUGCAUGGGGACGCUUCAAAUCGCAAUGAGAUCCUUGAACAGUUCAUGGACGAUGAUUAUAUUCCGCCCCCACCCGGGUUGAACACAAUGUCUAAAGGAUCUGCCGCAAAGCCUAGCUAUACUGGAGGAAAGGUGCUGAUCUCAACAGAUAUUGCAUCACGAGGGAUUGAUACUACAGCUGUCAACCACGUGGUUCUGUACGACUUUCCUGUAACCAUUGUUGACUAUUUGCAUCGCGUAGGUCGCACAGCGCGUGGGGGUCGUGGUGGGCGUGCGACAAGCCUUGUGGGGCGCAAGGAUCGUAAUCUAGCCGAGCGCAUCAUGAUGGGUAUCCGCAUGGGCAAAGUACUUUCAUGAAGAAAAAAAUCCUUCGGAUGACUUUUACAUCAAGCAAUUUAGAAUAAAAUAUAAAAUU